AUGAAUAAUCCCGAAGAAAAUCCAACUGCAAUUCAACGUGGAGAAAAUCUUGAUGCACUCAAUAAUCGAGCAGAUGAUUUAUAUUCAACUUCAUAUCAUUUCCGUGGAGCAGCAAGACGCGUAGAUCGAAAUAUGAAGUGGAAAAACAUAAAAUUAACUGUUUUUAUUGCUUUUGUUGUGAUCGCGGUCAUUGCCUUUAUUGUAUUAAUGGCUCUUCAUCCAUGGAAGAAAUGA